AUCGGUUGACACCAAUGUAGGGAAACUUGGUAAUUUUCAUAGCAAAAUUAUUUUGAUAGAUUCACAAAAUAUUAAAACCGUUGUUUUUUUAAUACUAUUUGUAUGGAUCUUUACCUUCUUGUAUCUAUUUUCUCACUUCCCAAAUUGGGCCCACUAAAUCCUUUGAACUUCAAUUUAAUCUUAUCUUAAUUUCUUGUCGAUUCAUUUACCCUUUUCGUUAUUUGGUUGAUUGGAGUUGUUUUCUUGAAGUAUUUUGAAUGAGAUUUUGCGAAAGAUUAACGAAAAAGUUAUGGAUAAGGAGAUCGAUGCUCAGAAUCAGAGAGUUGUAGAGACAGUAAUUACAAUCAGAUUGGAUGAAACUGUUGAAAAUAGGGACUCUGGGAUUGGUGGGAAUGAGGUGAAAGGGAAGGUUUUGAAGAAAGAGAGUUUUUCAAGUGUGAUUGAUGUGAAAUAUGUUGAUGAUUUCGAAAAGGUGUGUAGGAUAUGCCAUUUGGAUACAUAUGAAAGUGGGAAGAAAUUUGUGGAUUUGAUUGAGAUUGGUUGUGGGUGUAAAGGGGAGCUUGGAUUUGUUCAUUCUCAUUGUGCAGAGACUUGGUUUAAGCUUAAAGGAAAUAGAUUGUGUGAAAUUUGUCGGAAGAUUGCAAAAAAUGUGACAGGUAUCAGCGACAACAGAUUCAUUGAAGAGUGGAAUGAAGCGAGAUAUAUUGCAGGUGGUACUGGUUCAGCAGGACAGGAUAGAGGAUACUGUCGUGGACAGCCAUUUUGUAACUUGUUGAUAGCAUGCCUGAUAAUCGUUUUUUUGCUACCAUGGUUUUGCCGUAUAAAUUUGUUUUGAUGCGGUAAAUAGAGUCAAUAGUUUGUAGCCUCAAAUCUUAUUCUGUGUCUUGCAGAUAACAAGGUUUCGAGUGUUUUUAGUAAAACAAACCAGCACAACUUAUACCAUUGCUGUGUCUUUUCACAUUAUCUGAGCCAAAUUCUUGGUUGAUUCUAGAUAAGUGGGAUUGUAUACUUCAUUGAAUCUCUAUAAUUUAUUUUAUUUGGGUAGAUUAUAUUGUAUAAGAUGACAAUCACUUUUGCACCUUAAGAUACUGGAGUGGCAUGAUUCUUACAACAUCCAUGAAACUUUCCUUUAAUUUUAUAAGAGAUUCUGAAAAUGUUCUUGAGA